ACGUAUCAAGCUCUGGUAAGCCGAGGGGGAAAAUUGGUAUAAUAGUCUGAAAUGGGCCUACGGUAAUCCUGCCAACAGCUCUCUCUACCGCUGAUAACAGAAUCCUUAUCUUCAUCGCUGCUUAAUCUUUUGUCUCCUUCUCUCGGCUGUGUUCUUUGCAAUACCCAUAUCUUUAUCUCUUAUUCAAUUCAGUCCCCCCCUCCUCUCUCUCUUCUUCUUUUUCUUCUUUUUCUUUCAUUUCUUUGGUUUGGUAUCUCUGGUUGGUGUCUUCAAGGGUUUUCUUCCUUAAAAACCCUCGAAAAAUCGCUGUGCUUAACGCUGACUUUUCUGAUUGAAUCGAGGGUUUUUCUUAUUUUUCCGCUUUGAUUGUCUGUGACUUUAUCUGGGUCAUUUUUGGAUAUUCCUGGUUUUGCUCCGGCUGAUAUGGGUUUAGCUUCGGUUUUCCUGGAGAUUCUGAGGAAGCCCACGAUUGGAGAUGUGUUUAGUGAGCUCAUGGUGCUUAUAGCGCCGUUGUGGAUUGCAGUGAUUUUUGGAGUUCUUGUCGGCUGGGCAUGGAAGCCCAAAUGGGCCAACUUGGGAAGAGAAAUGUUCGAUUGCGUCUCUUCUGCAAACGCUUCCGGGAAAUCUGAAACGUCAACUUCUUCCGCCAUCGCUUCUUUUCCGUGCUUGAAUUUCGUCAAGCUUCAGUUGCCCAAUUACAUCCCUUGGAUUGCCGAUGACCGAGUCCGAGAGGACUCAAUCUCUGCGCCGUCGAACCAAAGCACUGCUACUGAUUGCAGUUCAUCGCAGCUGGAAAAGGAUAAAAACGCGCUUGUGACGGAGGAGGAUUUAGAGCAUUUAUGCAAGUUAGUUGAGGUUAAAGAUGGAGGUCCAGCUUGGAUUCAGAUGAUGGAUCGGUCUACUUCAACUAUGAGUUAUCAAGCUUGGCGGAGAGAUCUGCAGACUGGUCCUCCCCAAUACCGUAGCAGAACUGUCUUUGAGGAUGCUAGUCCUGAGAUGGUUAGGGAUUUUUUCUGGGAUGAUGAAUUUCGUUUGAAGUGGGAUGACAUGCUUGUAUAUGCUGGAAUUUUGGAGGAAUGCCCUACUACUGGAGCUAUGGUUGUUCACUGGGUGCGAAAGUUUCCGUUCUUCUGCAGUGAUAGAGAGUACAUGAUAGGGCGGCGAAUUUGGGAAUCAGGACGAUUAUAUUACUGUGUUACAAAGGGAGUACCUUACCCCUCUAUGCCAAGACACAACAAGCCACGGCGAGUUGACCGUUACUAUUCAAGUUGGUGCAUUCGUGCGGUUGAAUCGAGAAGGGGUGAUGGGCAGCUGACUGCGUGUGAAGUAUUACUGUUCCAUCAUGAGGAUAUGGGUAUACCUUGGGAAAUUGCCAAGCUUGGAGUGAGGCAGGGCAUGUGGGGAGCAGUCAAGAAAAUCGACCCUGGUUUGCGUGCGUAUCAGAAGCAGAGAGCAUCCGGAGAUCCAUUGUCACGGUGUGGAUUCAUGGCUCGGAUCAACACCAAAGUAAGUCCAGACUACCUGAGGUCCUUGGAAGACAAUGACACUGAUUUAUCAGCGGUUGAAAUUUCAAAUUCAUCAGAGAAACCAUUAGGGAAAAAUAUACCUAAGCUUCUAGUGGUUGGAGGAGCUAUUGUUCUUGCUUGUAGCCUUGACCGCGGACUCCUAACUAAGGCAGUCAUCUUUGGUGUUGCCAGACGGUUUGCGAAAAUUGGAAGGAGGUUGUGAUCAAAGAUUUUUUUUUUUUUUGUUUUUUUUCUCCAUGAUUCCGAUAGUGCAAGCCAAAGAAGCCACAGUAAAAAGCGGGUAAUGGAUUUCCCGACUUGCUACAGUUUUUAUAAGAUGGGAAAGAAGAAUUCUUUUGUGUGAUAUUUGAGCCAUGACAAAGCUGCAUCGGAUGUAAAAGAAGUAGAGAUUAGAAAAUAGAGAUGAUAGAGUUGUAACUUUCUUUCUUCCUUCUUUUGUUUUUUUUUCUUUCCCCCACCCGGAAAAGAUUGGCAGUGGAAAUAACAAAUUUUCAGCUUCCUUUUCGUUCA